AUGAGGCAUGAUUUAGCAUCCUUGAUGCCAGCCCCUAAGAGUCUGGGAAGUGCAUUUAAGUCCUGGAGGUUGGACAAGGCCCCCUCCCCACAGCACACCUUUCCAUCCACUUCUAUCCCAGGCAUGGCUUUUGCUCUCCUGGCCUCCGUGCCCCCGGUGUUUGGACUCUACACGUCUUUCUUCCCCGUCCUCAUCUACAGCUUGCUAGGUACUGGGAGACACCUGUCCACAGGAACUUUCGCCAUACUCAGCCUCAUGACAGGCUCGGCCGUCGAGCGGCUGGUGCCGGAACCUCUCGUGGGGAACCUGAGCGGAAUCGAGAAGGAGCAGCUGGACGCUCAGCGGGUUGGGGUAGCCGCGGCCAUGGCCUUCGGGAGCGGGGCGUUGAUGCUGGGGAUGUUCGUGCUGCAGCUCGGCGUCUUGUCCACCUUUUUGUCCGAGCCUGUGGUCAAGGCGCUGACCAGCGGGGCCGCGCUGCACGUGUUCGUGUCCCAGCUGCCGAGCCUCUUGGGGUUGUCCCUCCCGCGCCAGAUCGGCUGCUUCUCUCUCUUCAAGACGCUGGCUGCCGUGCUGACUGCGCUGCCCCCGAGCAGUCCGGCCGAACUGACCAUCUCCGCGCUCAGCCUGGAGCUGCUCGUGCCGGUCAAAGAAUUGAACGUGAGAUUCCGAGACCGGCUACUCACGCCGAUCCCGGGGGAAGUCGUCUUGGUGCUUCUGGCCUUUCUCUGCUUCACCUCUUCUCUGGACACAAGAUACCAUGUCCAGAUAGUGGGGCUGUUGCCUGGAGGAUUUCCCCAACCCCUCCUCCCCAACCUGGCUGAGCUGCCCAGGAUUCUGGCUGACUUGCUGCCCAUUGCACUGGUUACUGUUGUGGUGUCUGCCUCCCUGGCCUCCAUCUAUGCAGACAAGUAUAGCUACACUAUUGACUCCAACCAGCUCCUGGCACAUGGUGCCUCCAACCUCAUCUCCUCCCUCUUCUCUUGCUUUCCCAACUCGGCUACGCUGGCCACCACCAGUCUACUGGUCGAUGCUGGUGGGAAAACACAGCUGGCAGGCCUCUUCUCCUGCAUAGUGGUCUUGUCGGUGCUGCUGUGGCUGGGGCCCUUCUUUUACUAUCUGCCCAAGGCUGUCCUGGCUUGCAUCAACAUCUCCAGCAUGCGCCAGAUGUUCUGCCAGAUGCAGGAACUUCCACAACUAUGGCACAUCAGCCAAGUGGACUUUCUCCUGCAGGUCCCGGGGCUCUGCAUCCUGAGCUAUCCAACACCACUGUACUUUGAGACCUGUGGGCAGUUUCGCUGCAACCUGGAGUGGCACCUGGGGCUCGGAGAAGGAGAAAAGGAGACUUCAAAGCCAGAUGGCCCAACAGUUGCAGUUGCUGAGCCUGUCAGGGUGGUGGUCCUAGACUUCAGUGGUGUCACCUUUGCAGAUGCUGCUGGGGCCAGAGAAGUGGUGGAGGUGAGGGAGAGGCUGGCCAGCCAAUGUCGAGAUGCUAGGAUCCGCCUCCUCCUGGCUCAGUGUAAUGCCUCCGUGCUUGGGACACUGACCCGGGCAGGACUUCUGGACAGGGUGACCCCAGAUCAGCUGUUUGUGAGUGUGCAGGAUGCAGCUGCUUAUGCCCUGGGGAGCCUGGUAAGGGGCAGUAGCGCCAGGAGUGGGAGCCAGGAGGCACUGGGCUGCGGCAAGUGAGGCAGGGGUAAGUGGCUGGAG